AAGCCUUUGUAAACAAUAAGCCGUGAUGCUCAUCUCCACCGCCGGCGUGGUCACCAACAGUAGUUCGUCGAGCCGACAUCAGUGGGUUCUGCAAAUCAAAUCGGAGAGAAAUGCGAUUCCAGUGGCUCCAAUCGCUUCCUCACGGUUUUAAGGAACAUUGAUCUAGUCUAUGGAGGUGGAAGCAUAGGUUUGAUGGGUUUGGUUUCACAAGCUGUUCAUGAUGGUGGUCGCCAUGUUAUUGGGUAACUCUUCAUCUAUUCACCAUUUAAGUGUCAUACUUGCUUACUCACAUAUCUUAAUAAGUCUCUCUUUUUUCUUAUCUUUGGUGUUAUUUGGCCACGGAGUUAUUCCCAAGACACUCAUGCCUAGAGAGUUGCAUCUUCUGAGUAUAAGCUUAAAGCAACUGUGUUAAAGGCGCCUCAUGGGGAUCUUUUGACAUGCAUGGAAAUGGCCAAGGCAUGUGAAUUAUUGUUUACGUUUGUUGGUUCUUUCAGUGAGCAGAGUUUGUAACAGGUGUUAACUGAUUUAUUUCUUACUGGUUAAUAAUUAGGUUGCUGAUUUGAUGGCUUUUGUUGCAUCUGCUAGCUCUCCAUGGGAAGAGAAUAAAUCUAACUAUAUAGAUUCAUUUGGAAAUCAGUGUCUUUCUGUGUUCAGAACAAUUUGUCUACCAAGCACCACUGUAUUGAUUCGUGUAAGUUUCUUGCUUGUCUAUAUAUUUUUUAAAUAUUGUGAUGUUCUUUCUUGUAUAGUUUUUGUCUUUGAUGUGUUUUCAAAUGAAUCUUGUAUACUUUG